AUGUCCCAUGUCACAUCAGGGCAUCGGAGGUCAUGGCGCUUUCUGGUCAGGUCUGUCACCAGUUCGUCUCUUGAUGAUGGUCCGUUAUCGCACACUGCAUAUGCCGUAUCUACAUCGCUAAAAAAUAAAACGGGCAGCCUCCCGAAUGUAUAUUCUUCUUCCUCGUUUUCUUCUUCUUCUUCUUCUUCUUCUUCUUCUUCUUAUUAUUAUUAUUAUUAUUAUUAUUAUUAUUACUUUAUUCUUCCUUUUUUCCAUUUUCUUUUCGUUUUCAUCCUUUUUUUCUUCAUAUUCUUCUUCCAUCACUUCUUUUCUUCUUUUUAUUCUUGCUCUUCUUACAUUUUUCUUCUUCGUACUCUUCGAAAAGAAAGAAGUAACGACAUUGUGAGUCUCUCUCUCUCUCUCUCUCUCUCUCUCUCUCUCUCUCUCUCUCUCUCUGUACCACCCUACCCCCUGCCUGUAUGUCUGUCUCUCUCAGAAUAUAUAUACAUAUCUCUCUCUAUCCCUCUAUCUCUAUCUCUCUCUCUAUCUCUCUCUCUAUGUCACUCUCUCUCUCUCAGUAUCUCUCUCUCUCUCUCUCACUCACUCUCUGUAUAUACUUCAUGUAUCUGCUGCUGCCAUACCAUGAAUUUGUGGGCAUAG